UAUUUAGACUUCAAAAUGAGGAUACGACGACUGUCGGUUUUUUGGACGACGUGUAUCAUAGCAUUUAUUUUUAUUUUAUACGUGGUCACGGACUUAAGUUUCAAAUUGCCUAGUAUAAAACCGGCCGUGGAAAUUGAUGAGAGUAAAUGGUCUUCAUUUGAAUCAAAGUUACGCCACAUUGAGAAUGAGUUGAACCAACACCAUGCAGUUGUCGGAGAGAUCAAAUCUGCAAUGAAUCAGAUUGUUGAGCAAUCCCAAGAUUUAUCACACCAGAAACGGCCUAAGGAAUACCCUAAGGAGACAAAGUUGAGGGAAUUUAAAGCAGUUGGUGACGAACCACCGAGGAUGCAUAUAAAGCUUAAUACAUCAACUUGUCCUGUACAAAACAUUUGCACCAAAACUGAUGUUCAGAUGCUAUCAAUGUACGAACGCAUAAUGUUCGACGACAAAGAUGGCGGUGUGUGGAAGCAAGGCUGGAAUAUAGAAUACAAAGAGGAUCAGUGGAAUCAAAAGAAUAAAUUGAAGGUUUUCAUUGUGCCACACUCACACAACGAUCCAGGAUGGAUAAAGACAUUCGAAAACUACUACAAAACACAAACAAAGGCAAUUUUCACAAACAUGGUGGAAAAAAUGAGCGAAGGCGUCGGCAGGAAGUUUAUAUGGGCCGAGAGAUCCAGUUGCUUGUCGCUCUGGUGGAACAGUGAUGCAACGGAAAAGGACAAGCAAGCGUUUGCGAACUUGUUAAACUCGGAUAAAUUAGAGAUUGUAACUGGUGGAUGGGUUAUGAACGACGAAGCGAACUCGCACUGGCUGGGAAUAAUCCAGCAGUUAACUACUGGACAUCAGUGGCUUUUAGAAAAUCUGGGUUAUAUACCGAAAAACGCCUGGUCAAUAGACCCUUUCGGAUAUUCUAGCGCGCAACCGUACAUACUUAAGUUGGCGGGCAUGGAGAACUCGAUAAUCCAGAGAGUACAUUACCGUGUGAAGAAAGAGUUGGGUUUGAACAGGCAGCUGGAGUUUAGGUGGAGGCAGGUGUGGGACAGUAUCGGUAAAACUGACUUGUUCACUCACGUGAUGCCCUUCUACUCGUACGACGUGCCUCACUCCUGCGGACCAGACCCUAAGAUCUGUUGUCAGUUUGACUUUAAGAGGCUACCAGGAAAUGGAAUAACCUGCCCAUGGGGCAUAGCGCCGCGGAAAAUCACAGAGAAAAAUGUUGAAGAAAGAGCCAUGUUAAUUCUGGACCAGUGGCGUAAGAAAGCGCAGUUAUACCGCAGUAACGUGGUGAUGUUCCCGCUCGGCGACGACUUCAGGUACGACCGCGCCAACGAGUGGGACCACCAGUACAAGAACUACGAGAUGCUCAUAGACUACAUAAACAGUAACGACGCGUUGAAUACUGAGGUACAAUUCGGCAACCUCCAAGACUAUUUCAAAGCCGUCCACGCUGAGAUGAAGCUGUCGAACUUCCCGGUGCUGUCCGGCGAUUUCUUCACGUACGCAGACAGGAACCAGCACUACUGGAGCGGUUAUUUCACAUCGAGGCCGUUCUAUAAGAACAUGGACAGAGUGUUGCUGGCCUAUGUAAGGGCGGCGGAGCUGGUGACGGCGCAGGCGCAGGCGGCGGGCUCGGUGUCGCGCGUGCUGGCGCUGACGCUGCGCGACCGCGUGCGGGCAGCGCGGCGCGCGCUGGCGCUGUUCCAGCACCACGACGCCAUCGCCGGCACCGCCCGGGACGACGUCGUCGACGACUACGCCAACAAACUGUUGGCCGCCAUAAAGUACUGCCAAUCAGCGAUUCAGCAAGCAGCAUACUACCUCCUCAAGCAGCCGCAAAUACAAGACCAGAGCCAAGAGGACAUAUAUUUCAACGUGGACGACAUCUGGCGGCAACACGAUGAGAUCCCCACCAGGAUCACAAUGGCUUUAGACGUAGUCUCGCCGUCGAGGCAGCUGGUUCUGUACAACGCGCUGCCGUUCAAACGGCAAGAGAUUCUUACUGUGAUUGUAUCCACGCCUCAUGUGGAGGUGUUCAACCCGGAAGGCGACCCCAUCAUGGCGCAGAUCUCUCCCGUGGUCGCCGGCGAGAAGCGGCUCGGGCUCGCGUCCAACAAGUACCAGCUGUCGUUCCCCGUCGUGGUAGAACCGCUGGCUCUCACCACGUAUACUGUUUCAUUGAGAGACGUCAUGAGUAUUAACAAAUACACCUCCUACUCCCACAUACGAGUGUACAACGCGGACUACUGGACCCUGGACUUGCCCAAGAUGUUCCCCGUGGAGCAGCCGACCGCGCGGCUGAUGGAGGACAUCACGUUCCAGGCCAGCAACAGCACCAGGGUGGUGGCCAACAUGAACGGAAUGAUUAAGGCGAUCGUGUCAACAGAUGGCGCCACUGUGCCAGUACAUAUGGACUUUGUGCAAUACGACACACAGAAAGGCAAAGACAACAACAGCGGCGGGUAUUUGUUCAUCCCGUCGGGUCCCGCGACGGAGUUCAAACCCGAUGCGUUCCCGGAGAUGGUGGUCACGGAGGGAAUCUACAAGUCCACGCUGUACACCGCGCUCACCGGGCCGCGCGCCGCCGAGAUCGUGCUGGCGAUAUCAGUGUACAAUAACCCAUCACUGCCGCAAACCGAAGUAGAGAUCAGUAACACGCUCUUGAUCGACCCGCAAGUUGACGACCUAGAGCUGGCCAUGCGGUUCUCUACAGGAGUCAAGAAUGGAGACGUUUUCUAUACAGAUUUGAAUGGGAUGCACAUGAUCAAGCGUCGUUACUUCGAGAAGAUCCCGCUGCAAGCUAACUUCUACCCGUUGCCAGCCGCGGCGUACAUCGAGGACGACACGACAAGGUUCACGGUGCUGACGUCCACACCGCUUGGCAUGGCGGCACUGCAGCCCGGACAGAUCGAGGUGAUGCAAGACCGGCGCCUGAGCCGCGACGACAACCGCGGCAUGAACCAGGGCGUGCUCGACAACCUGCGCACGCGACACGUCUUCAAACUACUACUCGAGCCGGCCGGCAGGGACUGUCAGAAACCCCCACCAGAAGCAACGAGCGGGCAGCUGACCCUAGGGGCUCAUAUUGCCCAGCAGUACCUCCUGCAGCCGCUCAUAAGCAUGCAGUACACGGCACGCGAGGACACCUCCCGGCCCGCCUACUCUCGAUCCACUGUCAGCGCCGCGGACAUCGUGUUGGCCUCGUGUCAAUCCCACGUGUCCAGUAAGACUAAAGAUGGCGGCACACUACGAGGCAUAGGAGUGACGCUGCAGCGGGUCCAUCUCGACGAGUGUUACGGGAAUAAGGACGUGUAUAAAUCCUACCCCAUCGGCGAUGGAGUGGUCCAAAUAUCAGACUUGCUAGACGUGCAACGUGACCGCGUGUUCGACAGUUCACUGACCUUUGUUAGCGUGCACAACCCGUUGCCGGAGGGCGUCGUCACGCUGUGCCCCAUGGAGGUGCGGUCAGUAUUCAUAAACCAAUCGCUCAACAACGGCUGAGUCGAACAUAGCGUAUAAAUACGGGACUGAUUAUAUUAAAUAACUGUUGCAGGUCUGCAACGUUUUAGCAUUGUAAUUUUAACUCAUUGAAAACAAUUUCAAAUCAUAUCACCGCAGUCACUUGUAAGUUAACAAAAUACUUGUAAUAUAUAAUUCAAUUUGCAAACAAUUUCAAUUUUUAUUAAUAGUGGCAUGAUUGUUAUUGCCUGUUUUUAUUAAGCAAAUACUUGUAAUAAUGCCGUUUGUAAAGUAAUAUUUGUUUCAACAGUACAAGCAUAAUAUGUAAACAGCGUUAUUGUCAUGAUUUACUAGGUUUUGCAUACAUUUCAAGUGUACUAUUUAAAAUAAAGUGAAUUAAAAAUAUAAUAUAGAUAGAUAUAAAAUUAUAUUAUAUAAAUUCAUUUAUAAUUGAGAUAAAGUCGUGUUAUUUAUGUUGCUUGUGAGAUAUUGACGAAAAAGUAUUUUUUUCCUUUGUUUUUAUAAAUUCAAUUUAAAAACACCAUAGAGAUUUGUGGCAUAAGACGAUUCUAUCGGGUUACUAUGAAAACUUGUCAUGUGUUAUGACUAUAUUAGGCUAUAUAUUUUGUACUUAUUAAGUAUAUUAGUAAAAUUUUGAGAUUUGUUCAAUUUACCAUUCUUUGCCAUUAACCCACUAAUAAAGAUCUUCUUGUA